AUGGCGCGGGAAGAAGUCAUCUCCCCCGAGGCACCCAAGCCACGAGGAUACGGCUUUCUAAAAAAAGGCAACCCCUUCAUGACAGCCCUCUGCCGCCGCAAAACAAGCGCAGCAGGGAAAAAGCUCUACGUGGUUUCGAGCCGGGGCGUGUCUUCAGGUCUGCUGGCACCAGAAGGGAUUUUGGCCGAGGUCAUCGCCGAGGAACUCGAGACGAGAGGCAAGAGGAGCGCGGCUGUCGAGAAGCGCGACGGGGCCGUCAGAGACGAUUUUGAACAGGCGAUUUUGCGGCUGUAUCCCAAGAUACCGCUCGAGGAAGUAGCCAAGAUUUCUUCGCGCACUCUUGAAAAGAGGAGCAGGCGAGUUGGGAGAACUGGCAGGCUGGACCUCGUAACCAAGGUCCGCCUGGCUGUCGCAGCGCAUGUGCGGCAUUGUCACACGGACUACGACAAGAUCGUCAGAGGGUGCAACAUCAAGUGGACAGCAAGACAGUCUAUACACGAUGAGGCAUCGCGAGUCCUAGCCUCGUGGGGAGGCCCUCCGCCUCCGCCUCCAUCGGCGCGUUCCAAGGAGAAACGCGGCAUUCGACAGGCCUCUGUGGAUGCAAGUGAGCCGGCUGCUGCGCAAAGGAAACGCCAUCAAUCCCCAACAGCGCGACCCAAAGCGGGACGCCGCCUACGACAAGCCUCGGUGGACUUGGACGAGUUGGCUGCUUCUCGAAGGGAACGCAAGCGACUGGCCAGAAGGGUUCGAAAAGCAAGAAAAAGAGAGGUUCAAAGGGCUCAGAUGGCCCAAGCCGGCGGGACCUUGUCCGGCCCAUUGACGCGUGGCCGUGCGGCUGCGCUUCAGAGAGACAGGCCCGGCAGCGUCCCACACGAAGUCAUCGAGAUUAUCGACUCCAGCGAGAAUUCGGGCGAAGAGACUGCGGAACCGGAUGCGCAGGAGGCAUCUGGGGACGCACGUCACGACUCUGACUUGGAGGUGAUUGUCAUCGAAGACAGCGACGAGGACUAG